AUGCACCGCAAACUCUGCCUCCCGGCCGCCGCCUUGGCUGCGGCAACGGCAGUUCAGGCCGGGUCGCUCAAAGACGUCAAACACAUUGUGCUGUUCAUGCAGGAGAACCGCGCGUUUGAUCAUUACUUUGGCACCAUGGCCGGUGUUCGUGGCUUUGGCGACCCCAACGUGCAGAACGACGUCGACAUCUUGAAGCCUUGGCACAUCAACUACCUCGGUGGUGAAUGGCUCGACGCAACACAAUGCAUGGGCGCCGGCGACAAUGGCUGGGUCGCGAUGCACUCGGCCUACAGCGGCGGGCUCGGCAACAAUUGGGCCAACGCAGACAGCCCCUACAGCCUGGGAUACUUCAAAAGAGCUGAUAUUCCGACGCACUUUGACAUUGCCGAGGGCUGGACCGUCGCGGACAUGGCCAGCCAAAGCAUUCUAGCCGCCACGGACCCGAACCGUAUAACAUGGAUGAGUGGCUCUGUGAAUAUCCCCGGGUCGCCAACCAAUCCGGAUGGCAAGGGCGGCAUGAUCAUUGACAACAGUGCAACUCCGGGCUGCGAGGCACCGGGACUUAACUGCUUCCCGUUCGUGUGGAAGACUUUCCCCGAGUACCUGGAGGAUGCGGGCAUCUCGUGGCAGGUGUGGCAGGACUUUGACAACUUCGAGGACAAUAUGCUUGCGUACUUUGCGCAGUACCAGACGGCAAAGACCGGCUCGGCCCUCCGGGACAAGGGUAACUCGUAUCCGGGCCUGAACGCCUUCUUCCAAGCCGCGGCCAGGGGUGCCCUGCCUCAAGUGAGCUGGAUCGUCGGCCCGCAGGAGCAGAGUGAACAUCCUCCCAACCUGCCCAAGGACGGUGCCUGGCUGCAAAAGAAGGUUGUUGACGCCAUCACCAACAGCCCGGCUUACAAUGAGACGGUGCUCAUCAUAAGCUACGACGAGCAAGGAGGCUGGGCCGACCAUGUGGUUCCAGUUGUUGCGCCCAAGGGCACUGCCGGAGAGUGGCUCAAGGAUCCCUACAACAAAUUCGGGGACGUGCCUCUCGGUCCAGGUUGGAGAACGCCUCGGUUUAUCAUCUCGCCAUGGUCACGAGGCGGCAACGUCUUCACCGAGUUUGCCGAUCACACGUCGGAUAUUCAGUUCGUCGAGGAGUGGGCGGCGGCCCACGGCUAUCGAGGCGUGCGAACCAAGGCCCUGACGCAAUGGCGGCGCGACCACAUGUCCAACCUGCUGAAUGCAUUUGACUUUGACAAUGUGAGCACGCGCACGUCGGAACGCAAAAAGCCCGACUACUCCAGGCCCCUGAUCACGCCGGUUGACACGCCUCCUUCCCUUCCCGACGACGGCUCGCGCUGGACAGGAAACCUUAGUCUCGGGUCCUUGACCGGGCCGUGGGUCGGCGCCGCCAAGUGCCUCCAAGAUCACAAGACCAACAAGCCGCCGGUUCCGUAUGGGAAGCAAAACGCCGACCAGGACAUGGCCCAGCUCGUCGAGCAGGGCUUCAAGAGAGUGCGCGGCCGGCUCACCGAGGGUCGCUACCUCACCUUCGAAAUGUUCGGGCUCGCCCUUACCAACUUCAACGGAACCGUGGUCAGCGUUACGCCCGCGACGAGCAGUCACGGUGACGCCAGACAGAGAUGGAUCGUCCACACGGUUGGCGGACCCGGCGCCGGCAACCACUUCUACCUGCAGUCGGCCGUGGACAAGAAGUACGUCUCGGCGUGGCCUGUUGUCGGCCUGCUGACGUCGGAUGCCAACAAGGCGCAGGCGUUUCACAUCACGUACCACCCGAGGGGCUCCAAGUACAGCCUGAGUCUCGGCAACAGAUCGGACGCAUUCGUCAAGCUCAGUCCGACCAGCAGACGGCGCUCGGCCGAUGGAAGCAUGUCGGGGAUCUCCUGGGCGGCAAAGGCGGGAGGGUUCAGCGUUUACAGUGUAUCAUAUUCCUCGUAA